AUGCAAGACUAGUUGUUUUGGAGGAAGUGAGAGAAAAAAAUCAGUCGCGAAAAGAAACCAGGGCAAAAGACAAGACAACAAAAUCUGAACUAAAAUUAUAUAGCUAGAUAUUUGUAUUUACACUAAUGUGAAGGGAGUCUGAAAAUAGUCAUCGGGGAAGCUGAAUAUCAAAGAGAGAUAAGCAUCGCAAGCUACAGGCACCAACUCGAUACAUUAACGCAUUACGUUAGCUAGCUAUCUGUUUUGCCCGUGACAGUUAUUCAAAUCCAGCAAGAGGCUGACCUGAGACAAUACAGCAGGUCGAAAACAGCGGUCUGGUGUGUUGGAAGUCGAAGAGCGAGACAGAGUGGAUCACAAGGUCUGGACGCGAAGGGUCACUGACCCCACAGAGCCACAGCUGGGACAACUGAGAGAGAGAGAGAGAGAAAGAGAGAGUGACAUCUAUCCAGGUGUUGUACACGACAGAAUGACAUCCAGGAAGAAAGUGCUCCUGAAAGUCAUCAUCCUUGGGGAUUCUGGUGUUGGGAAGACCUCCCUGAUGAACCAGUAUGUGAAUAGGAAGUUCAGUAACCAGUACAAAGCCACAAUAGGAGCUGAUUUCCUGACCAAGGAGGUGAUGGUGGACGAUCGGCUCGUCACAAUGCAGAUCUGGGACACGGCAGGGCAGGAGAGGUUCCAGUCUCUGGGUGUUGCGUUCUACCGCGGGGCAGACUGCUGUGUGCUGGUGUUUGAUGUGACUGCCCCCAACACCUUCAAAACUCUAGACAGCUGGAGGGACGAGUUCCUCAUCCAGGCCAGCCCCAGAGACCCCGAGAACUUCCCCUUUGUGGUGCUAGGCAACAAGAUCGACCUGGAGAACAGACAGGUGACGACCAAGCGGGCUCAGGCAUGGUGUCAGAGUAAGAACAACAUCCCCUACUUUGAGACCAGUGCCAAGGAGGCCAUCAACGUAGAGCAGGCCUUCCAGACCAUCGCACGCAACGCCCUAAAACAGGAGACGGAGGUGGAGCUGUAUAAUGAAUUCCCGGAACCCAUCAAGCUGGACAGGAAUGACAGAGCAAAGCCUUCAGCAGAGGCCUGCAGCUGCUGAGGGGCAACAUGGACUAUCUUCUGUCUGGCUUUCAGGAACAACCCUCUUCUCUCUCGACACCUGCUCCCCCCUAGGGAAAGGACUGCCCCUCUGGUUUCUGCAUGCACCCAUGUCACAUCCCCCUCCCAGCCAGAAUCCCACCGAGUUUCCAGUUACUUACACGUACUGCACAUGAUGGGUGUAUACAUACACCUCCAACACACAUUCAUUCACUCCCACACAUACACAUCUUGAUGAAUCCAAUGCCCAAAGAUCACGUGAGAGAAGAAUUGGUACACCCCUGUAGACUCCACUAUGCCUGCCCGUUCCUGAAUCCAUAUCAUGAGUGAACCCACAACCUGGCCCACCCUGUCUGACUGUGUCCCCUCUCUGUCUCACAUUGGGG